GAGCGAACCAGCCAACCAUCCUGGGCGCGUUCUCAGCUUGUUUACUCGGCUCACACCCUGUCUCCAGUGUUUAGCGCUCUGCGUGGUCUCAGGAUGUAAGUGCGGCUCACUGUCUCUAAUGUGUAGCGCUCGCUGUUUCUCCCAGGUUAGUAAAUCUCGCUGUAUGAGGCUGGCAAGGGGGAUUAGUCCAGGGGCCCAAUAAGUAAAGGAGCUUGGUCAUUAACACCUUGUGUGCUGAUGGACCUGAACCUCCAUACUGCGCUACUGCAUGUGGAGUGCUUUAUAAUAGUCCUCAUACUGCGCUACUGCAUGUGGAGUGCUUUAUAAUAGUCAUCAUACUGCGCUACUGCAUGUGGAGUGCUUUAUAAUAGUCAUCAUACUACGUUACUGCAUGUGGAGUGCUUUAUAAUAUUCAUCAUACUGCGCUACUGCAUGUGGAGUGCUUUAUAAUAUUCAUCAUACUGCGCUACUGCAUGUGGAGUGCUUUAUAAUAGUCAUCAUACUACGUUACUGCAUGUGGAGUGCUUUAUAAUAUUCAUCAUACUGCGCUACUGCAUGUGGAGUGCUUUAUAAUAGUCCUCAUACUGCGCUACUGCAUGUGGAGUGCUUUAUAAUAGUCCUCAUACUGCGCUACUGCAUGUGGAGUGCUUUAUAAUAUUCAUCAUACUGCGCUACUGCAUGUGGAGUGCUUUAUAAUAGUCAUCAUACUACGUUACUGCAUGUGGAGUGCUUUAUAAUAGCGCUACUGCAUGUGGAGUGCUUUAUAAUAUUCAUCAUACUGCGCUACUGCAUGUGGAGUGCUUUAUAAUAGUCAUCAUACUGCGCUACUGCAUGUGGAGUGCUUUAUAAUAGUCAUCAUACUGCGCUACUGCAUGUGGAGUGCUUUAUAAUAGUCCUCAUACUGCGCUACUGCAUGUGGAGUGCUUUAUAAUAGUCCUCAUACUGCGCUACUGCAUGUGGAGUGCUUUAUAAUAUUCAUCAUACUGCGCUACUGCAUGUGGAGUGCUUUAUAAUAGUCAUCAUACUGCGCUACUGCAUGUGGAGUGCUUUAUAAUAGUCAUCAUACUGCGCUACUGCAUGUGGAGUGCUUUAUAAUAUUCAUCAUACUGCGCUACUGCAUGUGGAGUGCUUUAUAAUAUUCAUCAUACUGCGCUACUGCAUGUGGAGUGCUUUAUAAUAGUCAUCAUACUGCGCUACUGCAUGUGGAGUGCUUUAUAAUAGUCAUCAUACUGCGCUACUGCAUGUGGAGUGCUUUAUAAUAGUCCUCAUGCUGCGCUACUGCAUGUGGAGUGCUUUAUAAUAGUCAUCAUACUGCGCUACUGCAUGUGGAGUGCUUUAUAAUAGUCAUCAUACUGCGCUACUGCAUGUGGAGUGCUUUAUAAUAAGUUCCUCUGUCUCUCCGCAGUAUGAGCCUGCUGAGCUCUCUCCCUCCACGUCACGUGUAUCCAGAAAUUAAAAGUAAAAAGAUGAUGAAAAGAAGUCACAAAGAAAAGUACAGAUUAAAGUGUCUGCGGCUAAAACGAGUUGCCAAAGCGAUGAUAUUUGUGAGUAUUUAUUAUACGAUAAUUAUCAGUCACCUCUGAUGUAAAUAGUUUUCUAUCUUAAUUCCACGAAAGCAGGUUAGUAAUGGUUUUCUUUAUUUUUUUUUAAUCCCGUUUAAAAUAUCCUCCUAAAUUCUAUGUACUUGUAGCAAAUUAAUAUACUAACGGCAAGCUCUAUAAAAAGACAAAGAUGCUGAGCUGGGAAUCUUUUUCCAAAUCUGACAUAUUUUAUUUUAGUGAAAACCCAUAACCUAUAUUUUGUAUUGUGCGUUAUUUGACUGUAAUUGAGCAGUUUUAAUAAAUUGCCCUUGCUCCAUUUUCUUGAUAACCGCCGUGUGUUUCUUAACUGAUGGCUGAGGUCAACAAACACUCAACCAAUAGUUAAAUCAUCACAGGAAACACAUUAAAGAUAAACUGAAUUGUUUUCCUGGCGCCCUAGCUCCCUAUAGUGCCCCCCUCCGUUGUGAAUAUGGCGAGUCUGUUAGGUGAUCCCACCAGUGAAUUGUAUGAGUGCUGGUGCCUCCUGGUGGCCUUCACCCAUAUGUCAUAAAAUGGAUCUUUUUACCAUGUUUUCUACUGCCAUCAUGUGGGCAGUGUUUGUUAUAACAUCCAAAAAAAUUUUCUGCUAAAUUCAAGGUGGAUUUACCUGCAGCAUGUGUGUUGAACCGAAUUGGCCAUGCGAUUAUUCUUUAAUUUAACACAUUACGGUACUUUGGCGAUAUUGCUUGGUUAUUGUAUGAGCACAGUGUUCAGUAUUUCUCGGUCGGGAAGCAGUCUCUGUAUAGUGUAGUUUAAAGGAAUACUCCAGACACACAAAGCACUUCGGCUUGCUGGAGUAUGUCAUUUAUUUUUUUUGACACAUUAUUAAAAAUAAAAUUCGGUACUUUUGUAAAACAGACACUCAGACAGCCAGGGAUGUUUUCACAAAGCUAAUGGAAGUGAUGGGUGUGCUGGUUUAGAGCGUGCCUGCCUGCCUGCCUGCAGAGAUGUGGGUUAAUUAUUAUAGCUCUCUGUAAGCGUCCAGAGACGUUGGUUAAUUAUUAUAGCUCGCUGUAAGCAUCCAGAGACGUGGGUUAAUUAUUAUAGCUCGUUGUAAGCGUCCAGAGACGUGGGUUAAUUAUUAUAGCUCGCUGUAAGCGUCCAGAGACGUGGGUUAAUUAUUAUAGCUCGUUGUAAGCGUCCAGAGACGUGGGUUAAUUAUUAUAGCUCACUGUAAGCGUCCAGAGACGUGGGUUAAUUAUUAUAGCUCGCUGUAAGCGUGCAGAGACGUGGGUUAAUUAUUAUAGCUCGUUGUAAGCGUCCAGAGACGUGGGUUAAUUAUUAUAGCUCGCUGUAAGCAUCCAGAGACGUGGCUUGAUUAUGGCUCCCUGUAAGCGUCCAGAGACGUGGCUUAAUUAUUAUAGUUCGCUGUAAGCGUCCAGAGACGUGGGUUAAUUAUUAUAGCUCGUUGUAAGCGUCCAGAGACGUGGGUUAAUUAUUAUAGCUCGCUGUAAGCGUCCAGAGACGUGGGUUAAUUAUUAUAGCUCGUUGUAAGCGUCCAGAGACGUGGGUUAAUUAUUAUAGCUCGCUGUAAGCAUCCAGAGACGUGGCUUGAUUAUGGCUCCCUGUAAGCGUCCAGAGACGAGGCUUAAUUAUUAUAGUUCGCUGUAAGCGUCCAGAGACGUGGGUUAAUUAUUAUAGCUCGCUGUAAGCAUCCAGAGAUGUGGGUUAAUUAUUAUAGCUCGCUGUAAGCAUCCAGAGACGUGGGUUAAUUAUUAUAGCUCGCUGUCAGCAUCCAGAGACGUGGGUUAAUUAUUAUAGCUCGCUGUCAGCAUCCAGAGACGUGGGUUAAUUAUUAUAGCUCGCUGUAAGCGUCCAGAGACGUGGGUUAAUUAUUAUAGCUCGCUGUAAGCGUCCAGAGACGUGGGUUAAUUAUUAUAGCUCGCUGUAAGCGUCCAGAGACGUGGGUUAAUUAUUAUAGCUCGCUGUAAGCGUCCAGAGAACAUGCAAUGUAUUUAACAUUUGUAAUCUAUAUUUAGACCGGUGAAUACUACAGCCUUUUCUCUGGCCAAGUCAUCCAAUCCCUGAUGUUCCCUCCAGCCAUAUAUAGUAAUAUUUUUGCUUUCUGUUUCUAUAUGAUGUUCGGAACUUUGUGAAAAAUAUAUUCUUCUUUUUCUUUUUAAAAGGAAAACGCAUCUCUUUCGGAUGAAAUUGCUCGAGUUGAAAGUAAAUUCAUCAAAGCGAAGGACGAAAGACGGUAACUAUUAUUUUGUGUUUAAGACUUAUGUAUCACAUUGAUUAUUCUGGUGAAUCUUUGUUUGAGCAAUAUCAGCCUCAUUCACGGAACCGAUUUAGUAUGAGAACUCCCAUGAUGUUUAGCCAGCACAUCGGUUGGUGCUUCAUCAUUGGAAUCAUUUUCUGUAAAACAAUCAUUAAUAGCACCGUAAACUGUAUUUCCUAUGGUGCUCUAACAGUAAGGCUGACUGAGCUUCAUGGGGCAUGUAGUCCUUAGCCGCUUCCUUGCAAAUAGUGUGACGGACCGCCUGGCACCCCAACCAGGUACCUCCGUCAAGCGCUGCUUCCUGGUACUAACAAGUACCAUAAGCACUGCGCUGGAACACCAUAACUACUGCAAACCCAAUGAACGGUCGCAGCUUGGUUGGGAUCUCGCCGUCUCCUACCCACCCUGGACCUAUGACCAGGAUCCAGCUUCCAGUGGGUAGACCUCUCUCAGUCCAGAGAGCAUAGCAGGAACAAGCUCUUACAAGAGCUUAGUGAUUUAUACUCAGGGGAGUAUAGUUAUUAUAGCAAUCCCCCAGAGUGUAGUUCUAGGGAUCGAUCGAUAUUGAUUUUUUUAGAGCCGAUACCGAUAAUCUGUGAACUUUCAGGCCGAUAGCCGAUAACAUGCUGAUAUUCUGAACAUUUAUCAUUUUGAAAAAAUAAACAUUUUCUAAAGGUAAAUGCACAAAAUAUACAUGCCACAUGUAGUGCAUGCAAUGUGUUUAUACAGGGGAGCAGUGUGUAUUUGUGUAGUGUGUAUAUAAUUAAUGCAGGGUGUGUUUGUGUAGUGUGUAUAGUUAAUGAAUUGACUGUUUGUGUAGUGUGUAUAGUUAAUGAAGUGACUGUUUGUGUAGUGUGUGUAUAUAAUGAAUGCAGAAUGUGUGUGUUUGUGUAGUGUUUACAUCCCCGGAUAGCCCUGAUCUGGGUGAACAACAUAUCCAAAAAUCACCCAGAUCAGAGCAGGGGUUUGAAGGUUUCAUGGAAGUCUCUUUUUGACUGGCCGCAAGCAUGGUUUCAUGCCCAAAACAGUUCCAGAGAAUCAGGGCUUGUGGCCGGUCUAGUUCGGUAGUUUGCAAACGAACGGAGUCUAUAGUCUUACCCUGGAGCUUGUUCCCUUAAUCCAGAUGAAUGAUCUCACCAAACAGUGCCCUUCUAAGCUGAAUAUAAACAAACGCAGGCGAUGAUGGAAGUUCAGCAGUGUUCGGGAGUUUCUUUAUCCGAUUUCAGUUCCAUGAGUUUCAUGCGAACAAGAUGGCCGCCACCCCGUGGUUGUUCGCGGCCACCCAGUCGAACAAUUAGAACACUGCGGUGAGAAACGUUCCAAGCUGUUAAUAGGUGUUAACAAGCUCCAGGGUGGUCUCUGUUCGUGCGGUUGUUUGCUAAACGAACCAUAUAGUCCCAAUUGCACGAACAGAGCCUGUUUGGAGUAUAUUAGCCAGUUCUAUUGUAGGGGCCAUAGUCACAGGGUUGGAGGCUGGCAAACAGGCCCCUCCAAAAACUUGUGGCAAACUCACAGAAAAAGGGGAGUUUGUCACAGAUAGCAAUCACUGUUAGCUUGUGUGGAUUUCCAAUGCAGGGCACAUUCCCAGUAAAUGCUACAGAAUGUGUUUGAGCUGUUACCCGGGUGAUUGUGUCCUUGUAAAAAUGUCUGUUAAUCGUCACACUCCGUGUCCAGCUGGGCUUUUUUUCUCAUUUUCAUUUGAUUUUCUUGUAGGUUUUUAAUAAAGCGACUUCUGCAGCUUCAAGCUUUAGGGGAAGACGAUCCCUUGGGAUCUCAUAACUCCAGUUUGUCGCUUAGUUACAACAUGCCUGAUCUGACCGGAGUAAGCGAGGGCAGCGCUGAGAUAUGUCCGUCAACUGGUGACGAAGCUUUGGGUAAAAAACUAAAGAAAGACAAAAGAGAAAAAGGAAGAGACACGAAGUCUGAAGGUUGGUGGUGGUAUGUAACAUGGCAGCGAUGUGCGUUCUGUGUGCAGAAUACAUGAUCCACUACUAAAAUAUUUCAAGUAUUAACUCAUAAUAUAUAUUUUUCAAAAUUAAAAACAAAAAAAUAUAUAAAUUAUUGAUUGGGUUAAAAAAAACAAAAAAAAAAACAUGAAAAAUAAUUGGAAAAUAGAAAGUAAUGAAAAUAAAAGUGAAAACUUUAUUUGAUUAUUAAAAUAAAAAUUAUAAUUUAGUUUAAAAAAAAUAUGCAUCAAUUUCUAAAACCGAUACAGAACGAACAAAUCUUUCCAGUAUAAAACUGCUGAGAACGUUAAGCCACUAAACCCUUAGUUCUAGGCUCUCUAUUACAUUAUUGCAAUGAAAGAUGGGGGGGUGAGGGGGGAGGGAAAUUCAUUUUGUUUCCCAUGAAUUAAAAAGAGGCUGGAAUAUGAAAUUGAUCCAGCUUUCUGUGUUUCAUUUUAUAAAUUUAUUCUGGCUCUUUUCUACGUGGAGGGUAUAUUCUAAUAAAAUAUAUUUUAUAUAUGUGAAUAAUACACGUUUUAGGAUACGGAUCAAUAAAGAUCAGGAAUGGAUCAGCGCUAGCAGGCCACAGAAACUGUAAAUCUAAAAAAUGGCAGCACACCUAUAGACCAUGGGGUUCCCUUACACCCCACAAUGUAAACGUAAAAAAGAAAGAAAGAAGGUUGCGCCUGCAUUAUAUUGGAAUAUAUGUAAGAUAUAUAUAUAUAUAUAUAUAUAUAUAUAUAUAUAUAUAUAUAUAUAUAUAUAUAUAAAAAUAUAGAAAGUAUAAAAACAGGAAAGAGAGGUGUGUGUAUAUAUCCGAUAAAAUGCUAAAUAAUAUAACAUAAAAUAGUAUAAAAUCACAAAUGUCCAAAUAAGACAGUCUAACAGUCAGAAAGGAGAUUCUUUACAAGGCAGCAAACUGAUAGUAGUGAUGUCACAGAAUAGGACUUGGAAUCCUGUGGAGCAUAUGGAAGAAAGUAGAGAAGAAAAACUCCAAUGGAGGAGUAUGUAUAUACAAUAUUUUUGGAGGUUAUAUGAGGUGAAAUAUUACUCACAUUUUACAGAGCUAAAAUCCAGCUCUGGUUUAUAAGGCGUAAAGUGGUAUAAUCCCCACUCAAGGAUAUGUGUAGUUCUCCAAGCUUUCAAUCGUGUGUAGCAACAGGGAUUCCAACCAAAAAAAUAAAAGAUUGCAGAAUAUAGUGCUCACUGUAACUAUAAGACCAGUUGUGAAUAUAAAAUAUAAGAGUAUACUCACAAUUUACCGAGCAGGCUCGCUGCUCGGUGUGUAGUGAAUAGGUGGUAUAAUCCCCACCUGGGAUUAUUUGGUUUUAAGAGACAGCAGGGGUGAUGUCAGGCAUAAACAAAAACUGGCAAAGCUGGAAAUGUGUAAAGCUCAACGAAGACUGAAAAUGUCUGGCUCAGACUGGCACAAUGCUAUCUUGUCAUUUCUGAGUAUUCUCCAGGAAGACAGAUUUCAUUGAAUUGAAACUUACUUGGUUUUGCAAUGAAUUGGUUUAAUUACUUUCUUACCUUUCCAGAUAGUUUCCACUUAUUACCGGCGUGAUCUAGCCCGUUAACCUGUUAUUAAUACACUUUUGUCCUUUCCGUAGCUGUGAAGAAAUCUACAAAAAAGACGCGAGCUCCCGAAGGCAGCUGUAAAAAAUGGGUCCAACCCAUUCCACUCGAUUCGUGUGGACGGCCCGUGUUCCCGAUCACUCUGGAAGGUCUGACCGUUUAUAGUCUCGGCGAGGUGACGUUUCAUUUUGUGUAACAGUUUACUACAUUUAAAAGGAUAUUCCAGGCACAGAUUAUAAUCCUCUUUUUAUUAAACCCAACAAUAAAUGAGCAUUGUCAAAAACACAACUAAUGGGGGAGGGGGUAACCCCUAACUUAAUCUGAAAACAUAGAACCACAAAAAAAGUUGGAGAGUUUGCAUGGAAUUCAUGAGAAAAGAAUCGAGCAGAUAAAGUAAAUAGAAAAGCAAUUCUUGUUUAAAACGUAACUUUUAUAGUUUCGCUAUUAAAAGCCUGACUAGUAUUAUUACCAAGGACACACAUGUUGCUACUAAGAAAAAUAUAUAAAGUCCCCCAAAAAUAGUCGAUUACCAUCUAAAUGGUGGUUUCAAUGGAAAUCCUACAAACCGCUCUCAAGCAGUGUCUUAUAUCUUAAAGGACCACUAUAGGCACCCAGACCACUUCAGCUUAAUGAAGUGGUCUGGGUGCCUGGUCCAGCUAGGGUUAACCCUUUUUUUUUAAAUAAAAAUAGCAGUUUCAGAGAAACCGCUAUGUUUAUAAUAUGGUUAAUCCAGCCUCUAGAGUCUCUAGUGGCUGUCUCAUUGACAGCCGCUAGAGGCGCUUGCGUGCUUCUCACUGUGAAAAUCACAGUGAGAAGACGCCAGCGUCCAUAGGAAAGCAUUGUAAAUGAUUUCCUAUGAACUGGCUGAAUGCGCGUGCGGCUCCUGCCGCACAUGCGCAUUCAGCCGAUGACGUCGCUAGGAAGGAGGAGGAAAGCUCCCCGCCCGGCGCUGGAGAAAGGUAAGAUUUUAAGCCCUUCCUCUCUCCAGAGCCCAGCGAUGGGGGCACCCUCAGGGCACUAUAGUGCCAGGAAAACGAGUAUGUUUUCCUGGCACUAUAGUGGUCCUUUAAAGCAGCGAAAAAAACCCUUCAAUGAAAUAAUACGUUAUUGCUUGUAAAUGCUAUUAAAGGACCACUCUAGGCACCCAGACCACUUCAGCUUAAUGAAGUGGUCUGGGUGCCAGGUCCUUCUAGGGUUAACCCAUUCUUUCAUAAUUAUAGCAGUUUCAGAGAAACUGCUAUAAUUAUGAAUGGGUUAAGCCUUCCCCCUAAUCCUCUAGUGGCUGUCUCAUUGACAGCCGCUAGAGGCGCUUGCGUGCUUCUCACUGUGAUUUUCACAGUGAGAGUACGCCAGCGUCCAUAGGAAAGCAUUGUAAAUGCUUUCCUAUGAGACCGGCUGAAUGCGCGCGCAGCUCUUGCCGCGCGUGCGCAUUCAGCCGGCGGGGCGUAACGGAGGCGGAGAGGAGGAGGAGAGCUCUCCGCCCAGCGCUGGAAAAAGGUAAGUUUUUACCCCUUUCCCCUUCCAGAGCCGGGCGGGAGGGGGUCCCUGAGGGUGGGGGCACCCUCAGGGCACUAUAGUGCCAGGAAAACGAGUAUGUUUUCCUGGCACUAUAGUGGUCCUUUAAUUCAUAGAGAAUCUGUUUUGACAUUUUUAUCUUCCAAGUGAUUGUUUAAACAUGCUGGCAUUUAUAUAUACACAUUCAUUCGCCUGUGUUUACAUAGGUCUUUUCUAUUAAUACCAUUUGCCGGCAGUAACUUAUUAGUAUAUCAAUAUAUUAUAUAUAAACAAGAAUUGUUUUUGUUUUUUUUCUAUUUAUUUUUUCCACUCAAUUCUUUUCUCACUAAUCCCAUGCAAACACUCCAGCUCCUCUUUUUUUUUUUUUUUCUUCAAACAUUGCGCUGAAAAUACUUAAAUAUACAAAUCUGUCAAAAUGUAUACAUCAGUGGUAUCCUGCGAGUACCCCCUGGCGUUACCUCGGCAGCAGCAGAGAGCAGUUUGAAGAGUAAGAAAACCCCCGUUCUCUGCAAGGAAGCGUUCUAUAAAUCAGUUGUUUUGUGUAUUAUCUUUGGGGUUAUCCUUCACAAUGCUGGCAGUCGUACAGGUUUUGGUAUUUGUGUUAUUGUGGACUCUUGUGCACUCUGUGCUGUACCCAAAGUAUACAGUUUCUUAUUGAUCAGUAUCGACCAGUUCUAGAUUUUACUAAUAUUUUUUUUUUUUAUUAUUGUGUUGUUUUUGUGUAAUUGAUGUGGGCAUUUUGUUGUGUAUUGUUUUUCUUUACUGUAAGGUAACUGCCAUUAGUAUUAAUAUUCCUAGUUACUAAUAGAGUAGUUUUAUUAUUAUUGUUAUGGGAGUAGAUUUAUACUCAUGAAAAUUCUCGAAUGACCGUACAAUCUGUUCCCUCCACAGAUUGUUUCUGAUCGACCCGGAUUCCAUGAUAAAGCUGCCAUUUAUCCCGUCGGCUUCUGUAGCACAAGAGUGCAUGUCAGUAUGAGAAACCCAGACCAGCAGUGUCUUUAUACUUGUCAAAUAAAAGAUGGUGGCACAGGACCACAGGUAGGUACACUGCAGUUUUAUUAUUUAUGGCAAUCGGGCAACUCUAGAUAAUUAUUACAACUUUAACACACUGUAGGUGUUACCCAUUUGUAAGAAGGUUUGAGCACACCACUUUAUUUUUGGUUUUCUGUCCUACUUUCUAAGGGAUGAUUACACUGUUUAUAUUGGGUUUGUGGAGCCCCUGUUAGCACACCUUGUCUGAGGGUAACUAUCUGCUUCUGGGACCUGGCUGACAGCAAGUAUUUAUAGAAUGUAUUCAUUAAACUGGGAAGAACUGACAAUUAACAUGGGGAUUGUACAUUUAAUAGCCAAGCUGGAAACAUCGCAGAUAUAUUGAAUAUUUUUACCUUAAAUUUGAAAUUCUGUUGACAGUUUUCUGUGAUUUCUGGUUUGUUUAGAGGAAGCCUAUUGGACUAGCAAUAUAAACCUGUGUUCCUAAUGCUAUUGUGUCUUUGUCCCAGGUUAGAUUAAGGCCCCCUCCUUAAUACAAUAAAAUUGGUAAAAAUAAAGGGUUUAAUCUCCUUUUUCCAGCACCAAGUUUCCAUUAGCACUGUUCAUCUCUCCUCCUACAGCGACAUCAAGGAGACAUGGCGAGCUCUGUGCUCAGAUCCCCUGCUUCUGAUAGGAAAGCAUGGAAUCCAUUGCUAUCUUAUAAACUGUGAUGAUGUCACAUGACUGACUGCUAUUCGGUCAGUGUAGAGGAAGCGGCUCUAGUGGUUGUCAGCAUGACCGCCUUAAAUGACUUGUUUAACCCUUGGAAUUCUACAAUGCUCUUUCUGCAAUACAGCAAUGUUUUACUUUGAAGGGUUCAAUGCAUAGAGAAUGAAGUGCCUUUAGUGUCCCUUUAAUAACCUUACUGAUCCCUGGAACUGUUUGCCAGUGAAUAUCUCAUUCUGAGAACUCGUUAAACAAAAGAAUCCAUUUUAAAUUCCCGGUAGAAGCAGAACAAUAUCUAAAUAACAAUAAAUGAAAACUGGAUAUUUGACAUUAAACUCUUUAAAGUGCAAACAAAUUGUGCAAGAGCUCCCACCACCUUAUCAAAGCGAAUGGUCCGUGAGAUCUGUGAGAUCUGAGGAUUCCGAUAAUAGGGAAGAUUUUUCAAUGUGUUAUUUUGCUGAAUUAUUGAUACUUGCUUUAUAACUUUAACAUCCAAGUAGAGAAUCUCCCAGUUCCCUUGGAUUUGAUGUUUUCAAUGCUUUCCUUUAUAUUGAGUGCAAGCGUACAAUCUGUAAGCCUUUUACAUUUGGCGUGGAUGGUUUGUGUCACUGGUUCAUUUUCUGUAACUUCCUUAUGCAGCCAACAUGAAGUCAUGUUCUUUUAUCAUUUUGUUUUUGCAGUUUGAGAUCGUUCCUGAAGACGAUCCGCAGAGUUCAAUCGCGGCGAGUUCUGCGCACGAAUGUCAUUCUAUCCUAUUAAAUACAAUCGCAACAGCACGGUAUGGAAAUGUUUUGCGGCUAUAGAGAGCUUUUUACUGUUUUAUGGUUUUUGCUUUUUUUUUUUUUGCUCACAACUCGGUUUGGAUUUGCCUUUUCAUAUUACAUUCAGGUAUAGGUAUAAGUUUUGUGAAAUAUCCAGCAAGUGUUUAGGACUUUCGUAUUACAUUCGCUAACGGUGAUGUCAGGGGCUUGGCUGUUGAUUCUUUUAAAUGAGCAGUGAAACUGUUAUAUAAACUUGGUUAAUUGAAAUGGGCUGUUUUUCUGCAACAGUCGCCAAGAUGCCAGAUAAUGGCUCUUUCAUGGCAGCUGCAGAUCACUGCCAUUCGCACAUCCCAGGAGCUUGUGUUGCCACUGUAGUAAUAGCGUUGUCCUUUGUCUUCAGGUGGUACUUUGAAAAUGGAUGUUCCACAGAUAAGAAUAUUUAUUUAAUUUUUUUCUUUCUUUUUUUCCUCCAGGGGAAAGCGGACCUCCACGCCAAGCUCUGAUCACGCUGGGGCGUAUUUCUUUGGAUUUACACAUCCCACCAUUCAAAAUUUAGUCCAGAGUUGUCCGGGAGCUCGCAAAUGUUUAAGGUAAAAUACUGUUUCUUUUUAAAUUCAUAAAUUGUAGCAUCGCCAUUAUAUGUGACUAGAUGUAAUUUCUUCUCUUCUCACGUAGCUACAUUCUAUACACCUUUGUUACACCUGUUGUCUGUUUUGCACGCAGUCAGUCAGCCUUGUGCGUACUGUGUGAGCCCAUGUUACAGCACCGAGGUUUGUUUAAAAUAUCGCACUGCUAAGACAAACAGUAGAAUAAAAUGACAACAGGGUUUUAUUGCAGCUCUGUGCAGUGUAACUGAAACAAAACUACUAAAUUAUAUGGUGUUUCACAUCUGUGAGUGAGCAAAUUCACCAUAAAGCUCAACAAAUGAAAGUUUGUUUUAAAGCAGCCGUUACGGUAUCUCACCAUAAACAUGCAAAUCUAAAUACUUUCUAAAAAGAAAACUUACAGGACAGGUGUGCAACUUUUAAUUAAACAUUGAUUUUUUUUUUAGAUUUUUUUUUUUUAAAGUUUUAUUUUUGCAGUGCAAAAGGGUUUGACAAAAAUGCAUGUGGUACCCCAAAGGCAUUCCACUUGCUCGUUCACAUUAGGGUGUUUGUUAGGGCUUGCACAUAUUUUUUAAAGUAAUGGUUACGGUUGCAGGCAUUGGUGGCAUGAAAAAACAGGUUAUGGGAUCUCGGCAGUUCGCUGCAGUCAUGCUAGGCUAAACAUUCAAUAUCCAUAUAGCAGCGUUGGUUACGCCUGGGUUCGUGGCUUAAUAUGCUUAGUACAUGUCGAGAUAUAACAAAAGCAGUGCUGAAGAUAAUUAUAGGUUGUAGGCAGGCAUGACCCGUGCAUGGGCUAAUCUGGUAAUAACAUGAAUUAUACAGGUGUCUAGCGCUAACUAUACCAGCAGUAUCAUGCAGGUAGACUGUUGCUUAGAAGAUUAAAAUAUAAACAUCAAGGAUAUUCCAGUAUGUAGCGCUUCCCUGUCUGUACAAUAUAAUGCUUACCCUUUAAACAACUAGUAUGGUCACAGGCUUACCUACAAGCUUAUGUGAGCGUGUGCCUUCGUUUAUGAACUAGACAUGGUGACAGGCUUAUGUAGGUGCACUGUCUAAGCUCAGGAAGAUAUUCGCUGGAAGCAAAAUAUAACUCGUUAUACCAAGAAACAUGGUACCUGCGAUGCAAGGUAUAAGGCAUGCAUAAUAUUAAGCUCAGUGUCCACAAGUGUGUCCAGCCGCUCAGUGAGUCCCACGGUCUUGCUGUUAUGGCAUGUAGGGGCUAGCAUUAUGACAGUUCACAGGGCCCCCAUCAGGUUCUCUUUCACCCGAUGCCCUCUUUGUAUAGGUGGUGUGUGUCCGGCGCUGGGUUUCUGUGCCCUGCUGCUGUGCGGGUGUCAGUGAGGGUGUCCCUCCUGCCCCAGGCUGGCUUGCAGGCCUGCAUCUUCUUGCCACAAACUCCGCUGCCGCGGGGUUCCGGGUUUACUCCACGUGUGGGAGUGACGGAGGAGUUGGUCUUUUUCCGUCGCUUGUGCUGUGUAUUCCUCCGCCAGUGUGGACGAUGCUUGUGGGCUCUUUGGCCUGCAGCCCGGGUGGGCUAGGUUGCGUGUGGAUGAGUAGGUGAGGCGAUGUUGUGCCCAAGGGCAUUCCCUUCACUCCCCGCCAUCCGCGGUUCCGCUCAUCCUUCGUCGGUGGUGCAGGUGUCAUCGGUCCGGCUGCUUGUUGCCGCUUCAUGAGUGUGUCCCAGAAGCGGUUCAGUAUCGCCUCUAGGCUCCGUAGGGGUGCAUUCUGUGGAUUUGGUGCUGGUUUCGUGUUCGCCAUGUGGGUCGCGUUGCCGGCCGCCAUUUUAGUUACUCUCUGUGAGGGCCUGCAGUUUAGCAUGUCAGGGUCAGGCUUGGCCUGUCUUCUCGGCUGGUUGCUAUAGGAGUCGAGUGAGGACUGGGAUGACCCCCACCGGUCCAGAGGGGGGGAAGGAGGCGAGUGCAUAUAGGGGUUUGUAAUUGGCUUUUUUUUUGUUUGUUUAUAAUGCAUUUGAUUUUUUUGAGAAAAUGUUACAUUUUAUCUCAUGAACGCCAUGUUGGGUUUAGAGUGUUACCUGAUCAACUGCCGCUCACCCUAACUUGCUCCUUGCUUUAGGUUCACACAGAGCAGAGGCAGCAGUUGGUCGGAUAACAUUGGAGUCUGACCUAGCAUGGCCUAUCAACCAUAUAAAAAAAAAAAAAAAAAGGAAUAUGCUCAAACUAAAUCAAUCUACAUAAUUUACAAACACUAUCAUUAAGUUUUAUUAAAUGUGAUAAACUUUUAAAGUGAAAAGAGACAUUACUGCAGUAAACUCUGUAUUUCUGACCUUGCACGGGAUGUUUCUUUAAGAUAUGGCAAUGCUUGGACAGGUUUUAUUGCACAUUUUGUUCUCUCCAGCUACCAGUGGGUGAAAUUUGAAGUCUGCAAAUCGGGGGAUGGACAUAUCCCACAGGAAUCGUGCGAAAAUAGGUCAUCUGUACAAAUACAGGCUUUUCAAAGACAGUCGUUUGAAGAAAUGAAAAAUGAUAAUGUCUUAUCAGGUAAAGAAAAAAACAGUUUGUUACAUUGUUUAAAAAUAACUGUUCCCUUUGGAAAUUCUGGCACGAUAUUAGACACGGUACACAUGAAUCUUUAAAGGGAGCUUUCUUUUUGAGUUACUGAUGGUACAGUGUGAGUUUUUCAUUGCGGUAAAUGUCAUUGAAUUGGGGGGAUCUGUUCUGCCGUAUUUUCUAUAUAUGCAUUAGAAUUAUGAUCCUGGUUGGAAGCAGGGUCUGACUGCCAUGGAGGAGAGACGUGUUUUGCUUGAGCUAAUUUCCUAUGCUGACAAUUAAUGCAGUUUUAAGCCACACCAAAUUUGAUUUAAAACUUGCCCAGCGGGCGGAGCCUGCACACUGAACGAACCAGACGCCAUUCUGGCUGGCUCCCAAAAAAGAUUCGAAACCCACUGAAAAUCGCUUUACCAAAAGCCCAUCCAGCCUUUUCGAGGUGAUAUCUGCAUUGAGCAACGAACCCUGCACCACCCGAUACCACUCAAUGCCAUUUUUCUCGGCACCCAACCAGCCCAAACGGAGGCGAAAAAUCGGGGCCUACCCCGCGCUGACCAUACCAAGCCUGGAAGCACUGCUGACUAGACCCACAGAGAGGGGAACAGGCUCGGAACCUGCACCCACGACAUCCCUCCCUCUAACCAACAGGCCAGCGAUGGGAAGAGGCUCCCAAAAGCCUAAUACGGCAGCAGACACCAGGGACAUUGGAGCCAUGCUGCAAAGGCCUACACAGGCAAAGCCCGCUCCCGCGGAAGGCCCGCGAAAUGCCCCGCAGGCCCACCCGCCUGAACAACACACGCUAGAGGAGCCCCCGGACCUCCUAACAACACCAGCAACACCCCUGGACCCCCCCAUGGACUCGACCCCUACCACCAAAUGCGAUCUAAAGAUCUUACUGGCGGAGAUCCAGAAAUCACUGGCAGUUGAACUUGCUCCCAUCAGAACGGAGGUAACAGCCAUCAAAGACCAGGUGAAAGCCUCAGAGGAGAGCGUAUCUGACCUACAGGGCCACCUGUCCACCCUACAAGACUCAGUAAAUCGGGUCUGGACCUUGCAAAGAACCCUGACAACCCAAGUAACUGCCAUAGAAGACAGGCAACGCCGCACUCACAUAAAGAUAAGGGGAAUACCCACGGCAAUCUCAGGGGAGGAAUUACCCCACUACAUAAGACGCUUACUGGCAACCAUACUACCUCACGCCGUGGCCAAAAAGCUGUCCAUAGAGGGGGUAUACCGCCUGCCCAGCAACACCAAACUGCCACCCAAAAGUGCUCGGGACGUUAUUCUCCGAUGCCUCACAGUUCCUGACAAAAUUCAAAUCAUGUCGGCACUCAGGGGAAGAACACCUCUGACCUUCGAGGACGCAUCUCUUACAUUUUUUCAGGACCUAACAAAAGGCACACUCAUGUGGCGAAAAACCCUUGGUCCGGUCACGAGGCACCUGCAAACAGCAGGAAUGACUUACAGAUGGGGGACAGGAAGAUCCCUGACGGUGCAACACAACGGAGCCACACACUCCAUCUCAUCAAUGGAAGAAGCACCCACCUUUCUCCUAGCACUGGGACUGCAGACCACAGUCACUGGCCACACCUCAGAGACAUGGGACCCUGAACAUGUUGUACCCUUUGUCCCAAGAGCCCAAAGCGCCCAGGCAGCCGUAACAUGACUGAGCAGACGGGGCCAGAGCCUCUCGGGCUGGGGGUCCACACAGCCAAAGGAGGCACACAUCUUUUACAGACAAGGGACCUGAAAGUUAUAGAGACGCUACAGUUAUGCUUAGAUACCGCAAGGUUUUCUUCUUGACUACUUAUGCAAAUCUUUUUUCUUUUCUUUUUGUUGCCGCUUGCUUUAGGCUAAUCCAUGAUGUUCAAUGUUUUAGUAGCACCUGGGAGACCUAAACCCAACUUGUUAUACCGCUCAAGGGCAGUUAGAACCACUGACCCAGCAGGGCAAAUACCCACUUCCGUUCCCCCCGCCACCCCCUUGGUUAGGGGUACUCCACUCAAUGCAUAGCAGUGAAUUACUCUCAGAGCUCCCGACUCGGCACGCACGCAUGCUAAAUCCUGAUGUAGCUCAACACACACAUAUAUGCCAGGGCACACUCCACUCACCUUUUUUUACCACUCAGCGGAUAUAUGAUAUUUCAUGUACUAAGUAGGGAACAAUCUUGCUUGUAAUCAGACACAUAUUAGACCCUCCUGAUACUUCGCUUAGAAUAUACCUGUUUUAAAAAAAAAAAAUGUGCAAUGUUUCUCUCCUGUAACGCAUGUAUACUACACUUAACUAAAUUGUCAAUGUACAACGUUUGACUUAAGAAAUACACGGAAAAAUAAAGAACUAAAAAAACAAACAAAAAAAAAACUUGCCCAGCGACUUGACCAACCUUAAGUAUUCUGGAGAUCUGGCAGAAGCUCAUCUGCUAAUCAUGCAGCCUAGAGCACACUGGGUGGGGUAAGUGGCUGAUCUCCCAGACUGGGGCUGCUUGACAGCUUUCAGCGACGUUCAGGUGCCCUGUUACCCCGCCCACCCUCCACCCAUUUGGACAGGUGGGUUGAUCACUUUCCACCCCUGGAAGGCUAUACUGAUCUACUGAAGGCAUGAGGUGAAGCCACAGAGCCCGAGGAACUAUGUAGUGACUCACCUUACGUGGCUGACGCCACAUGGCACCCCGACAUCAUGGAGGUGAAAACUUGAUAUAUUGUCCAUAUUGGACAGGAUUUUCCACAAUUUCUGGCAGAAACUGGAGAAGGGGCACCAAGCCACCUUUCAGCAGCCGAACAGCCACUCCCCUCGACAGCUGACCCCUCACCCGCAGCAGAAGACCAAAGCUCCAAUGGAGAAAAGGUCCCCAAAAUGGCGGCGCUGCGGGAAGCAACACUCACUUCAGCACAAAGUGGCACAAAGGAGAGCGCUGGGGGCUCUUAUGGUGUCCAAGGCUCAACUAUUGCGGCUCACGGCUAGAUUACGCGCUGCGAGGAUUACCAAUCCUGCCCUUUAUAUGGAGCAACCUGUAGUAUAUUUUCCUGCUGAAGGACAGUGCUCUGCAAGUGGAGGGCAUUUUAUGUAGGGGACUCCCAGCCUGGAUGCUAAAAGGCACAUAACCACUCAGCCUUUCUCCUUUUGGGGUGUAUUAUCUUGUAUGUAUGAUUUCUUAACACUCUGUGCAUUCUACACGAUUUCUAGGGGUCUUACUCAGACAAAUGAAUCGUUGUUACAAAACAAUUUCUAUUACUAGUUCCUCAGUUGUGACCAAUCUUAUGUGCACAGCCAGUAUACUAAUACCACAACAAUUUACUCAAUCUGCUCUGUGCUAAUCCUAUCAUUGCUCUCUCAUAAAAAAUGUGCUGCUGACAUGUUAAUUUGUUGUCAUUUAUAAAGUGUAUAAUCUGCAACUUUUUUUUUGUCAUCUUCUAGCACAACAAAAAAAGAAUUAUAAAAAAUAAAAAAGGAAUUCUAAUCGUCAUCAUGUAUUGAUUUUAAUCUAUGCCAUAGAACAGUCUCACAUUAAUUACACAUUAAAAAAAUUGCUUGAGUUUAGUGGGGAAAAAAAACUACACAUAGCCAAUUAGUCACGGUUUGGGUUUUGAAAUAUUCUCAGAGAAGGCAGUACUUUUAUAUGAACCGUUUCGCUAUAUACACCUAAAUCCUGCACAACUCUGUUCAGGAAGGGGUUAAACGUGUUUCUUGCUGUUGAUGGUUAUAUUUACAUUCCAGCAAAUCGGAAGGGAAACUGCCGAAAGGGACCCUCAUGUUUCAUGAGUUGAAACAUUUAAUUAAAGAAGCACUCUAAGUACCAUAACUACUUUCAGGUUAAUUAAGUGGUUAUGGUGCUAGCAUAUCAUCCAUGCUUAAUUCUGAUUUAUUUAUUUCAUCGUUUGACACCAGGGUGUUAAAGUACCCUCUCAGACUCCCAGAAAUUACACUUCUCUUCUCUCAGCACACAAUGGUCCCGAUUUUAAAUGGAGAUUUAGAGAUUGAGAUACAAUUAUUUAAGGUAAAUUACAUCUGUUUGAAAGUGAACCCAGUUUUUUUUUUCAUGCAGGCUCUGUCAAUCAUAGCCGGGGAGGUGUGGCUAGGGCUGCAUAAACAGAAACAAAGUGAUUUAACUCCUAAAUUAUAGUGAAUUGAGCAGUGAAAUUGCAGGGGAAUGAUCUAUACACUAAAACUGCUUUAUUUAGCUAAAGUAAUUUAGGGGACUAUAGUGUUCCUUUAACUAUAUUUAGGAAGGCCAGGGUGGCCUGACCCUAACGUGUUCCUUAAAUGUUUGGCUGAGCUUUUCAAUGAUUUUAAUAUGAACAAUUUUGUGAUAUUUUUACAUAUAUAUAUUAUUUUGUUUGAUAUUUUAAUAUUAAAAUGUAUCAAUUUAAAAGUUUAUCUAAAACUAUGAAAUCAUUUUAUUGAGACCUUGGUGUUACUGUGAGAGGGACUGCAAAGUGAAAGCGUGCUCUUUCUCAGCAGUGAUUGGUUCUGGGCGUGUGGGCAGGUCUGCAGGCAGCACCAAUCACAGCAGAGACAGAGCAUGCUAUUCUGGGGAGCAUAGCCUGCAACCCCACACACCAACUCAUUGAUACGAGCGGGAAUCUCCAACUCUGAUUGGCAGGGUUUUUAAUUUGAGCAUUAAACUCCAAGACUUGUAUUGAUACAAUGAAAAGGUAACCUAGCACCAUGCCCUCAAAGCAGAAGUGGUCAUGGUGCCUAUUGUUUAUCUUUGUUGCUACCAAAACGCUGAAUAUGUUGUAUUUAUGGUCAUAUUACUAUUUUUUUAUGUUUUCAUUUGUAAAAUUUAGAAUUGUUUAUUAAAAAAAAAUAAUGAUAAAUUAUAUUCCAAAAAAUGCAAUAUUGAGAUAAAAUAUUUCUGUUUUUUAUUACAUUUCAAGCAAGAACAUUAGAUCUUCCAGAAAUUCCCUCAUCACAUGACUAUAUAUCCUCUUACCGGGAAAUCUUCUUCUCGCAUUCACAACUGGCGUCUGACCUGCAGCGCAUGAAAUCCCCAUCCAAUCAGUACAGCUCUUCUCGGUCUUCAGAGUAAAUGCUUUAGAAAUCACAUUAUUUAUUCAAUGGCAUUAAUUGAUGCUGUCUGUAUUUAUCAGUACUGUUUGUUGCUUUGUUUUUUAUUGAACAUAUUAUUUUUUUAUUUGUUUUUGCGCAAUAUCCCAUGUUCAAUUAAAAUCCAGAUUUACUUUUUUUUCCUUUCUCCUCUCACUGCUCUACCCUCUGAUUAUGGCUAUACCCCUCUGCUAUACCCCUUCUCACUGCUAUACCCCCUUUCACUACUCCAUCCUCCUCUUGCUAUCUCCUCUGCUUACCGCUGUAUCCCCUCAGUGCUGUUCUCCCAGAUUCCUGAUACACACUGACCAUUAUUAAGAGAUACACUGCUGAUUGUGUUGAUGUCAGAUGUAAAAACCCAGAACUCCAUUUCUCUGCAAUGAGCCACUGCUGGUCCCAAAAACAUUGGAAACUAACGGCUCCCUAAGAAACAGACUAAGACUUAAUCCUUUUUAAAAGCUCUAGGAAUUUGCAUCCUAAUCUGAAGGGUUUAUUAUUAAUUUACGGUGCAGCAUGUUUAUUAAUUCAGCAUUUAUUGAAUUAGAGUCCCCUGCAGCUCCAUAAAGACCUUUAUACAUCCUAGUGUAUUCGCAAUGUAGUGGAUGGGAAGUGAUUUAUUUAUCAGACCAGCAAAGUUGAGAUCUCUACAGCCGGUCAGUCUCUACCAUUCUGCAGAGUUAUUCAUUUGGGGGUCAGUCGGUCUCUACCACACUGCCGAGUAAUUUACUGGGGGUUCAUUCAGUCUCUGCCACACUGCAGAGUAAUUCACUGGGGGUUCUGUCAGUCUCUACCACUCUGCAGAGUAAUUCACUGGCGGUUCUGUCAGUCUCUACCACUCUGCAAAAUAAUUAAUUGGGGGUUCAAUCAGUCUCUACCAUGCCACUGAGUAAUCCAUUGUAGGUAAAGCCAAGGAUGUCACAUAGAGUUUAGGCCCUUAUUUUGUUUUUCCUGACCUGUCCAUUUUGUUGAAAUCUGAGCCAGAUUGAUAAUUUCACCAAUUUGAUUAUAAUAAAACUCUUAUUCAGAAUACUCUGUAAUCUAUUGAAGACUGUGCUUUAUUUUACAUUAUUAUGUAUAUAUUUUUGGCCUUCAUUCUCUGUGCAUUAACAUCUUUUCAUCUGUUUGAUUUUGGUCUGAAUUUUCAAGUCGUCUGUCCAUUCGCUGUCACAGUUCAGUAACGUUUUCAAACACCAGUAAGUCUGUUCUAUACCGUGAUAUGUUUUAAUAAAUAUCUCAUCAUACAUAAGGGCACCUGUUAAUAGGAUUGAAGAACAAUAUCAUUUAAUUGUGUGUAGCCAUUUAAAAGGGUGUAAGUGGAAGAUACUGAUCUUGUCCAGGAAUUCUCUUGGAAGGACGUUCUUUCUCCGAUAGAGUAAAAGGUUUCUUUAAAUUUUCUAUUUCUUUUCUUGCAGUUUACCCAUUUC